GGCCGGCUGGCUGGCGGCGCGGGGACGCGGCGCUGACGGCGGUACCGCGAGCGGCGUUGUUAGCCUAGCGAGCGUUCGCGUUAGCAUGGGCAGCCAAGCUCACUCAUUUAGUCGUCCGCCGCUAACCACUACUUCCAUUUCUUCCUGGUUGACUUUUGACUCGGCACUUAGUCAUUUCGAGAAGAAAGGGAAAAAGGAACUGUCUCCGGUGUUGGACCAGUUUCUGUGCCAUGUAGCUAAGACUGGAGAGACCAUGGUGUCCUGGUCGCAGUUUAAAAGCUACUUUCUCUUCAAACUGGAGAAAGUGAUGGAGGACUUUCGAGCAUCGGCACCUGAGCAAAGAGGACCUGCAAACCCCAACGUGGAGUCUGUCCCUUUUGAGGAGAUGAAAGAGAGAAUAUUGAAAAUCGUCAACGGCUACAACGGGAUCCCAUUCACUAUCCAGCGCUUGUGUGAGCUCCUCACAGAUCCCAAGAGGAACUACACAGGAACAGAGAAAUUUCUCAGAGGGGUUGAAAAGAAUGUGAUGGUGGUCAGUUGUGUGUAUCCCACCUCUGAGAAAAAUGGAUGUAGCGGUGUUAACAGAAUGAACGGAGUCAUGUUGCCAAGUAGCACAUCCAUAUUCACAGAAAGGAAAGUGAAUGGGCCUGGAACACCUCGGCCAAUGAACAGACUGAAAAUUUCCUCAUCUAGUUCACUGGCCACAAACGGUCUGCUGGACAGUGCAGAAAAUAAAGAUCCAAACAAAGACUCGGGCCACAGCAUAUCUGUUGGUGAUGUGCCUGGGGCAAGCCUCGGGUCGCCCUUAAACAGCUGCAUAAAGAACAAACAUGCAGAGGAUGAAAACUCUGAGGAAGAACAGCAGGAGGUGAAGAGGCUUAAAUUCAGUGAGGAUGGUGGUGAGGACGAGGAGGACGAAGACACCGAAGGCGAAUCAGAUGACAAGAUUGUCGAGUCUGAGGAAGCGUCCGAUGUGUCAGGAAAUCCAGAGUCACCAUCAUCCAUGAUGCAGGAGAAAGAAGAAGGGCAUGAUGAAGAGUGCGAUCACGCCAGUUCAACAGCAGUUAGUGAGGACCAAGAGCCGUCCAGUACGCAGUCCGACUAUGCAGAGAGGGAAGUUCCUUCCGGCUCUGUCCAGGAACCCAGUGACAUGGACCAGUCGGAGCAGACAGCUCCAGCCUCGAGCCCUGAGAGGGCGGAGGUGGAGGAGGAGUCAAGCGAGCCGGACAGUAGCAGCAGUUCUGAGCUCACGUCCGGCCCCGACGCCUCGUCUGACUCCACCCCCAGUGGUGCAGACUCACCCACAGAGGGCAGCGUGGAGUUGGGGGAGCUAGACUUAGAAAACACAGAAGAGCCUAUGGAGCAGGAUUAAGGAGCCUCUUAAACACAGACUUUGUAGCAUAAACAACAACCAGCGUGUGGAGAUUCGAGAACACACUAACAGUAACAGAACAGGCUCUUUAACUCGGGCCACCAACAGCCUUUCGGUCCAGCGUCACCUACUUUUUCCAGCUUUCUUACCCGUUAUGGGUGGACACACUAUGCUGGUGUACAUAAUUUUUUUUUUUUUAGUUAAUUCCUUUUUAUUUUUGUAUUGAAGGUUUUAAACUGGAAGGUUAUUUUCAUUCUAUUACAUCCUCUUCACCUUAGUACCACUGAAUGCAGUUGGUCUUUAAAGGCAUUUCCCCCUCUGUUAUAGUAUAGCAGUGAGAUGAUUAUCCCUUUGAUUGAUUGCUUCUGUACAGAUGGGUGAGGGGUUGUAAUGUGUUUUUUUUUUUCUUUUGUUUGUUUGUGUUUGUUCCCCCAGCUUUUUAUUAUUAUUAAAAGAAUUUUGUAUACACAGACUUUAUCACCAGAACAGUAGAAUUUAUUGUUGCUUAUGCAGUUUGUCCAAAGACACAUGAUUUAUUAGAUUUUGAAGCAAAGGCCAUAAUUAUUGGUUCAUGUUCAGUUUUUUUUCUUCUUUUCCUCAAAGUUCAGGUUGUCUGUUAAGAAUUAUUACUUACACACAUUGUCUGCAUAUGGACCUGUGUCGAAAAGGUAAUAAGCUAAGUUUGGUUUCAUCUUUUACGAACCCUCACAAACACAUUUGAAAACUCUCGCUGUUACACUCGACUGUAAUGACUAAGAGUUUAAUAUAAAAGGUACAUCUACUCAAUGGAAAGAAUUUCAAGUGACUUUCUGAUCCACGACAAUAAUUUAUACGAACAUUUCAAUGAAUCACUCUAUUUUUGAGAAAUCUAGACGUUUUGUUUUUGUUGUUUUUUUUCCACUUGCCAGUCUGCACACUAGUCAGAUUGAGCGAAAACUGCGUGUUUGUGAAAGUGAGAGCGAGCGUGAGAGGCGUUCCUGUCUAUACCAAGCUGUCUCACGAGUUACAACUGACUGCCUCUACUGCACCUGUACUGUUUUGAUAUUUAGAAUUUUUAAAUUUCUGUAGUUUUGUAGAGGUUUGUGUUCACUGCUGUUUGUGGAUCCAUAUUAUUGUAUGAUCUUUCUGUGUAUACUGAAUGCGUGUGCUUUCAAUGCAGUAUUCAGGUGAAGCAAUAAAUGUUCUGAUUUUAAA